UCAAAAUGGGAGUUCACGUUCUUUUAGCAUCAACAGCGUUGAAGACCAUUAGCGUAACUGGACUCUGGUUGAUUCCACUGCUGCUUGGCGCGCUAACGUAUCAUAAUUAUAAUUCUUACGAUCCUGAAGCUAAGGUGUUGGAUAAAGAGCCGAGGAAGGAAUAUGACUUCAUAGUCGUUGGAGGAGGGUCGGCUGGAGCAGUUGUCGCCAACAGACUGACAGAAGUGAAAAAUUGGAAUGUUCUUUUAUUGGAAAGCGGUCCAGACGAGAACGAGAUAACGGACGUCCCUUCAUUGGCCGGGUACCUUCAGCUGACCAAGUUGGACUGGCAGUACAAGACAGAGCCCACCAACUAUGCCUGUUUGGGCUUCAAGAAACGUAGGUGCAGCUGGCCACGGGGAAAAGUCCUUGGCGGGUCGAGUGUUCUCAACUACAUGAUAUAUGUAAGAGGAAACAAAUUCGACUUCGACCAAUGGGAAUCUUCUGGCAAUCCUGGCUGGGGGUACCGAGACGUUCUGAAAUACUUCAUCAAGUCUGAAGACAACCGAAACCCUUACUUGGCUAAGAGCAAGUACCAUGGUAGAGGCGGAUAUCUUACUGUUCAAGAAGCGCCUUGGAGAACGCCUUUAGUAGCUGCUUUUGUCGAAGCAGGAGUUGAAAUUGGGUAUGAGAAUAGAGAUAUCAAUGGCGCUGUACAAACAGGAUUCAUGAUUGCUCAAGGUACUAUAAGAAGAGGGUCAAGGUGCAGUACAGCCAAAGCUUUCUUAAGACCUGUUCGGACUCGCCGGAAUCUAGACGUAUCGUUAAAUACACAAGCAACAAGAGUCCUUAUAAACCCUAUGACAAUGAAAGCAUAUGGAGUUGAAUACAUCAAACGAGGCGUAAGGAAAGUGGUAUAUGCCAGAAAGGAGGUUAUUCUAUCUGCAGGAGCCAUCAACAGCCCGCAAUUACUAAUGUUAUCGGGUGUAGGACCUAAAGAACAUUUGAAAGAUGUUGGAAUAAGAGUCUUAAAAGACUUGCCUGUGGGUGAAAAUUUGCAAGAUCACGUUGGAGUUGGAGGAUUAACCUUUCUAGUCGACAAACCCGUGGCCAUUGUUCAGAAUCGCUUUCAAGCGUUUCCAGUAACUAUGAACUAUGUUAUAAAUGAAAGAGGACCAAUGACUACACUCGGUGGUUUAGAGGGUGUUGCUUUCGUCAAUACUAAAUAUGCAAAUAGUAGUGGUUUGUGGCCUGAUAUUCAGUUCCAUAUGGCCCCCGCCUCUUUUUCUUCAGACAAUGGACAAAUUGUAAGAAAAAUCCUGGGUCUUACUGAUGAGGUUUACGACACUGUAUAUAAACCUAUAGCUAAUAAAGAUGCCUUUACUAUAAUGCCCCUACUACUUCGUCCAAAUACACGAGGAUAUGUCAGACUAAAAAGUUCUAAUCCUUUCCAUUAUCCGAUCAUGAAUCCACGUUAUCACGAAAAUGCUUUAGAUGUUGCGAGACUAGUUGAAGGAAUUAAAAUAGCUGUGCAAGUAGCUAAUGCGUCUCCCUUUAAGCAAUUUGGCUCAAGGAUGUACAUGAAGCCUUUGCCAAAUUGUAAGCAGUUUAAAUUUAUGUCAGACGAGUAUAUUGAGUGUCAAGUGCGGACGAUAUCAAUGACGAUAUACCACCAAUGUGGGACCGCGAAAAUGGGUCCAAAUUGGGACAAAGAAGCUGUAGUCGAUCCUAGAUUAAGAGUGUAUGGUGUUGAAGGACUUAGAGUAAUAGAUGCUAGUAUAAUGCCUACGAUAGUAAGUGGCAACACAAAUGCUGCUGUUAUCAUGAUAGGAGAGAAGGGAGCGGAUUUAAUAAAGGAGGACUGGUUGAGUGGAAAACGGUGACGAAGUGUUCAUGUUACCAAUAAAUGCCAAUUUGUUGUGUUUUGCCAAAUUUAAUUAUAUUUAAGUCGUUGAAUUGUAUAAAAUUUUCCUUUAGGAAAAUUCCCAAUAUUGUUUAAUGAUAAUCAGUAGCCAUUUUGAUAAAAUCUGUUCCCCAUUAGUAGACACUUUUGUUUUAUAUAUUUCAGCUCCCAAAUUCAUGCUAUAUAUGUACUGUGGGAACACAUAGAAAGUAUACCACCUUCAAUAUAUCUACAAUAUGUUUUUCUAAGUCGCUCACUGUACUUAGUGAUAGAUUAAUAAAUUGGAGAAACAAUAUAGCUUUCAGGGAUGACGUCAACUUCUAUUUUUGUUUUUAAUAUUAUUUUACGGUGUGUAGUUGUAAGUCAUGAGUCAAAAGAUUAAUUAUUAAUUUAUCACUCUUAACAAAGUUACUUUUACGUUGAUAUUUUUUUAUGAGCAUACCAUGUCACUGAAUGUAAAAAAAAUGUCAACGCAUUAUACACUAUCAAGAUAAUCGUUUAUAAUUUUUAUCAACCUUCAGUU